AUGGACCAACGAGUAAAGGAGCUGUAUUUAAACAAAGACCAUCAUUUCGAUUUGAUUUCGAGCUAUUCUAUGAACUUGGUAGUCGGUUGAUUCGCUAGAAAGGUUAAUGCUCCGGUCGUUGUUCUUGCCCCCAGUCCACCCAGCCAGGUGCUAAACCCUCUGAUUGGCAAUCCCCACGAUAAAGUAGAUGUAGAUAGUUCUCCAUCUCCACAUUCGGACAGCCUCUUGUACGGAAUAUUUGUGUGCCAAAUCGACCGAAAUCGCAAAUGGUACAAGGGGAUUUUCGGGGAUGACCAUGCCGGAAUACACUUCUGUACCGCCGCAAACGAGAGACCCAUUCGACCUAGAGUGCCAGCUGCCAUUGAGAUUGGAGGCAUUCAGAUCAAGGAAAAGUUGAAUAACCUCCCUAAGAACCUGGAGAAGUUCCUUAGCAAUGCUACCCAGGGGUCCAUUCUACUGAGGAUGGGUUCCAAUGUUCAGGGAAUCCACAUCGAGCCGGAUGUAGGGAACAAGAUACGGAGCGUUCUCCCGAAUCCCAAGCAGCCACAGAGUUAUCUUCGCUCUAUCAAAAUCGCCCAGCGAGUGUCCGGGAUUCUUUGA